AUUGUUGAUGUUUUUUCAACGAUUGUAUAUGGUCGAUCUUUGGUCGAUUAUGUCAUUUUCAAACGUGAACAUUAAUACGACAUUGAUAUUAAACUGAUCUCAGCAGUCACAAUCGUGUGCUCUGCAUUUGCCCGAGGCUCCGUUUACCAGUUUAGGAGCCUCAGUUUAGUGUCUGUAUAGUUCCAACUGAGCGAAAUUUCGUUGGCGUGCUCUUGCAUAACAAAAUAUAAACUUAGCAUGGUACUGCGUUACGCGUGUCGCUUUAGAUUAGGUUGUCCUUCAACAGGUGUAGAUACAUGCAGAUAAUACAACGACAUAUUGUGAAGAUGUCAUCAGACGCUCAAACCUCAGACCAUCUUCAAAGAACUGCUGACAGUUCCAGACAAAAAAUAAUGUCAUCUGCAACUGUGUUGAACAUCCAAGACGAGUCACGCACUGUCAAAAGUCUGUACUUGAAGAUCCACAGUGAAGACUUCAGCUUUAAGGCCGGUCAGUGGGUGGAUACCUUCAUCCCAGGUCUAGAUACAAUGACAGGCUUCUCCAUGUGCUCGUCACCUGGUCUGCUACAGAGGGAGGGGAUGAUGCAUCUGGCUGUCAAACGUAGCCCUCAUCCACCAGCAGAGUGGGUCCAUACAAAGUGCAAGGUGGGGUCACAGGUGAAUCUGCGUGUGGGUGGCGACUACGUCUAUGACCCCCAGCCAGGUGAAGACCCACCCACAGAUCUUCUGCUUGUGGCUGGUGGGGUCGGGAUCAACCCCCUUAUGAGUAUGCUGAGCCACAUCCACGACAUGCAUCAGUCCGAGACAUCACGCAGCAUGUGCCCAAAUAAGGUCAUCAUCAUGUUCAGCGCCAAAACCAAAGACGAACUUUUAUUCAGGAAAAGAAUCGACGAAUUAUGUAAUCUGAAGCCAAACAACAUGUCGUCAAUGUAUUUCAUCACGGAGGAGAAAGGUGCAACAGAAGACAAUACUGUUUAUGACACACCGGAAGUGGCCAUGACCAGAUGGUGUUCGUUCUACUGGCCAUCACAAGUUCACCUCCUCACUUCACCAUGCUCUCUGUCUGUGAAAAUAAUAUGGAAUCUAAACAUGACAAUAACCUAUAUACAGUCGAAUCAAACAGGAGCAUGUGCAGGAAGCGAUGGCCACGUUGAAGCCGGGGAAGGUGGAGUGCUACUUGUGCGGACCAUCCCCCAUGAUAGCAGACAUAGAAACAAUGCUUAAAGCUUGCGGCAUCACAGAAUCAAGCAUUCACUACGAGAGAUGGUGGUAGACAAUAGACAUCGCGGAUUGUAUUAUGAUGUAUAUCACUUAAUUGUGGAAUUCUAUGCUGUUUUCAUUUAGAUUUAUAGGACAUACCACUUUGUCUUUGACAAAUGCUGUGUUAAUUCCAAUAUAAAUGUAGCUGUGCUUCAACAAGUGUCCAUUAAGCUGACAGAAUCAUGAAUAAAAUCAAUGAUUACUGA